AUGGGUUGCAGGCGACACUUGCAGCUGUUUGUAGCUGCUAUACUAUUUAUCAGUUUAGGUGUCAGGGGUGCAGUUGUGAGCGAUAUCAAUCAAACACUUGUUGAUGGAUACUACGGUAACACCUGGACUAAAGACUUUUGGCAAACGCAUCCAAACAUUUGGUGGCGCUGCAAACAGCCGGGGACGGUGGCUAUCACUUUUGACGACGGGCCCGGGUCGGUAUAUGAGGAGGGUGUGCGAGCGAGAACAGAGAAGAUAUUGGAUGUCCUGAAGCUGUUUGAUAUUCCGGCCACGUUCUUC